AUGGCCAGCUUCGGUGGCCAUGGCCACCUGGCCUGGGCUGCUAGAAGAGACCUGGGAGCCAUGUUUCACUACUCAGUUGCCCCGAAUGCACCCGGGGGCAACUGCGCCAAAUACGGCCAGGCUACGCUGGACGCAGUCUUCGACGAUGCAUAUGAGUUAGCGGGCACUGCAAUCCAAGCAACGCUCGAUCAUAAGGACGCAACGGCGAGAACGACAAACGAAGCGACACGCCUGAUAAACGCGCUGUUCUUCCAGCCAUCGGAAGAGGAUCUGGCCAUUAUCCAAGGCAAAAUGCAAGGAGUGAAGAACUGGAUGGAGUCCGGUGGCCGAAUCAAUAAUGGACAGAACAGACAUGGUCCCCUUCUCUUCUGUGGGGACACCUGGAGAGUUCGCGAGACCAUGAGCAGCCAGAUGAAAGACGCCCACGGCAACCCCAUGGUCAAGGAGAACGGCGAGCCGUAUCUCAUCAGCGAUAGCAGGGAGAUGAAGAAGCGUCGCAAGAAAGUAGCAGAGGAGCUGGGAAAAAACCCGAAGUUUAUUUACCCGCACUGGAGCGAGGCCCUUAUGGCUUACGUCUUCGAUAUCAAAUACGGUGACGAUCCCACGCAGGGUCCUUGUGCGACAGACGCCAACGUCAUCGCUUAUACCAUCAAUGAGGGGUCUUUUGGCGCCAUCACACUAUGCGACGCGGCGUUCAAUGGACGUCGAUUACGCUCUGUCGAAGCCUCAGCACUCCCAAGCGACUUAUUUGAAAAUAACCAACCACCUUCCGGCGCAGUUGAACCCCAAAUGAUCUCUAAAGUGGUUCCAGCCGGACGGACUGCAUAUCACGAAUUGUUUCAUUUGUAUUGGGGGAACUCAGUGAUGAACAAGGGUGACGAUGAGGAAUACAACUUUCCCCGGAUGGCCGGAAAUAAGCUCAGAAAAAAUGGCAAGAUGUACACAAAGUCCCUAGCCAUGAAAAAUCCAGAGACCUACGCUCUGGCUGCGGUCGCCUAUGACUAUACUCUGCAUGUCACCCAUACUACAAAGAAGGGGACAUACCCAGUCGAGUUCUACACAGGCUUCUGUACGUAUGAGAUGUGA